AUGCAGUGUCAACUGUGCCUCGAUGUCAAAAAGGCCAACAGGGCACAACGACUCUACGAGCAGCAGAUGUCUCAUGUCCUGGAAGUCCUGCAGGAUAUGGAGGAAAAGUUGAUCCUCCGUGGCCUUGCUCGGGAAAAGGCAUUCCUUGACUUGCGGAGGGCAGGUGUUGAUUACAACAUCGCUUUGCUGGAUGCUUGGAACUUUCGGGUGACCCAUGGGCGCCACCUGUUUGCUCCUGAAGUGUUCCGAUAUGUCGAUGACGUUGUCAUUGUAAGACCUGCUCCGAGGGAUCACGAUCAUGACACCGAGGUAGCUUCUGCGGCCGAUUUCCUGGUUCAUCAUGGAUAUGUGUUCGACUGGGAAUCUCAGCUUGAUGAAGCUCAGCAGAUGACCCGCAACUUGGGAUUUCGGUUUUGGCUCAAGGAAAAGGUUUCACAGACACGCAGUGCUGCGACAGAGCGUGCCGGUGGAGCUGCGGAGUCUGAGGGCGCUUUCAAGUGCAAUGCGAGUCAAGCAGUCGGCAAUCCCUUGAAAGCAGGCACAUCUGCGGAGGAAUGCUGUCAAGAUAUCUGCGAGCUGCACAAGUGCAGCCCUCUAUGGGUCCCCAAUCCGGAAGCGAGAACGCUGCCCGGGAACACAGACGAGAAAUGCUGCUUGCCCACCUGCGGGCAGGUGAGAUGUGAUCCUGGCUACAUCUAUGACGAGCCCAUGAUUGAAAAGCCUGGCACCACGAAAGAGGAGUGCUGCGUGAAGUCGUGCGAGCUUUUCAAAUGCGAUGCUGCUCAUGGCUUCAGCAUCCCUGAGAAGAAGAAAUCCCAAAAAGCCACUUCGGCAGAUGACUGCUGUGAGCCCCAGUGUCGCCAUCACGACUCUGGGCUGCAGGAGUCUGAGAAAGGUUGGCUCAAAGAUGUGAGCAAGGAUGAUCAGACCCGUCGGAUGAAAAAUGCUGCAUACAGCAGUGCGCGUCAUUCCAGUGUCCGAAAGGAUGGCAGCCUGAUGAGGAAGAACCGACGCUCGCUGCUGCAAGGAGACCUGCGCCAAGCAGACAUGUUCGCCGCCCAAGAUUGCUGCGGCAAUCCGGUGAAAAGUAGCCAAAGAGCCAAGAGCCCACGGGUGUACAUUUGCCUGGCGCCUCGAGGACUGAAAGGCUUCCCGUUCAUGGUACGAGAAGACGAUUCCCACUCAAGCUAUGGAGCCUACUUCUCCAUAGAGAAUGGCAAGGUGAGAUGUGUUUUCGACAAAGACUUCGGUGACCACGGCCUCUGUCGUCUGGCCACAGGCGAGAAGGAGCAGCGCGGGCGUUGCCUGCGAGACGGCCUAAGAAAAUUGGCAGUCUACGAGACGUCCUGGCUGCGGAACAUGCAGUACGACCUCGAAGGGGCUGCAAAGGAUGCCGAAGACUUCGAUGCGGUCAAAGAGCUGCAGGACUUCAUUGAGUCCGCGGUGAAGGAAGUCGGUGCUGGACCGUCCGCAAGUGCUCUUGUGGCCUUGCCUUUUUUCCAGCUCGGCAAAGCCCGUGAACCGCGCAAGGUGACACCCGAACUACAGCAGCUUGCGCAGGUCCAGCAGCACAUUCGACAGCUGAUGGACGAAAUGAGUCCUGUGAUAUCUUCGAUGCUGGAAGGACCCGAAGGGGAGCAGGCUGAAAGCCUCAGCCGGCGGGUCACCGAGUGGCGGCCGCGGGCCGCCUUUUGCCAGGUCCUCCGCACUGCAGUCAUGCGAGACGACCCCCAGGGCACAGAACUGGACGGCGCUGCCGGGAAAAAUCUCAGCCCUCGAGCGUUCGAGGCGCUUGCAGUGUGCUUCAAAGCUGCGUUGGACUCUUCGGACGAGCAGAGUGAUGCGUGGUGCGGUCGUGACUUGAUGGUGUUGGCCCAGUUGUUUCGAACUGACGAUGAGGACGGCAAGCAGGUGUCCCUGCUUUCCCGUGUUUACAACCACGCGCUGUGGAACAAGGUGACCUUUUGGGAGGAAGUCUUGCUACUGUCCUUGUGCGAGGCUUACGCUGCUGAAGCUGUUUGGCGGCGAUCUGUGCCAGCAGGCAGCCAGUUUAGCAAGCCUGCGCUCCUCGAGUUGCCAAGGCGCUUCGUGGGAUACAUGAUGGCCUUCGGCAUCAGCUUUGAGCAGGGCAGGAGUUCAGUCACCAGCACCCUCCGCAAGAGCCAUGCCUUCCUCGGCCAGCAGACGGUCCAAUUGUACGGCCAGCUGCUCUUGUCGGCUUACGAGGUGGCAACACCCCAGGGCACGGCGACGGGCCCGGGAGAACUCAACUUGGCUGUGCUCGAGGCACCCCCUUGCGCAGCUCCCAAGUCCACGGAGGCUUGGUCCUCACCAGAGGACGACUUCGAGGCUGUUGCUCUGGGCGUGCAGGCAGAUUUCACGUCGGAAGGCCGCCAGAUGGGAGAGAUGACACCAUCUUCUGCACCAGAGGAUCAUGCGUCCGAUGAAGACGCCGACACAGGAGCGGAAUCAGAAGCACUCCGGGUCUUGGCUGAAGCUCAGCCAAAGGUGCUGCCCACCUUGGACUUUGAGGGGCUCGCGGCUUCGGAGCAGAGUGGCCUCUUGCUCCAGGAGGUGCAGGCUGCCAUGGCUCAGUUUGCCAGCCGUUCACUUCACAUCGAGCUGGGCGGAGCGGAAGAGGGCGUGGAGGUGACGAUGACCAUCAAGAAUGCCUCCUCCGGUGAAGCCAAGGCUCUCAAGGCCGAAAUUCUUCGAGCAGAGGAGAACUUCUUGGGCGAGGUGGAGCAGAGGCUGGCGGCUGCGAAGAUUGGGCCGAGCAGUGGUGGCCCCGGACGCCGUGGGAUCCUAUGCUCCUUGGGGUUGGCGAGCAUUCAAUCGAAACCAGUCUGA